AGAUCUUCCUUACAUUUGGAGAGAACAACUGAAAGAAAUAACAGGUUCUGUAAUGUACUGAUCAAAAUGGGCAAGACAGUGGAAUACGACAUGGCGCUAGAAUAAUGUACAGUGUGUCCAAAGAGAUAACAAACUCAGGAGUAGGUGUUUGGUGAAGAAGAAAUGAGUCUGUCGGAAGAAGAUGGAAAUUUGGAUCUGUUUAAUGCUGUCAAGAAUAACAAUGAAAGUGAGAUCCGUGGCUUACUCGACGCUGGAGCAGAUGUGAAUAUCACUGAUGAAUCCUGGAAGAGAACUCCUUUGUUUUAUGCUGUUCUUGGUAACUUUGAAAAUGUGGUUCGUGUACUGAUCAAGGCUGGUGCAAAUGUUAAUACUAAAGACAGAGAAGAAAAGAGUUGUUUAUUCUUUGCAGUUUUAAGUGACCACUCAAAUAUAGCCCGCGUACUAAUUGGUGCUAAAGCUGAUGUUAAUGCAAUCAAUAAAUUUCAGAAAAAAACUCCUAUAUUCUACGCGGUUAGUAACGGUAAUGGAGAACUAGUAGAUGCGUUAAUUGAUGCUGGUGCUGAUGUCAACAAGACUGAUAGUGAUGGACAAACAGCUUUGUUUUGCGCAUUAAGAAGUAAAAAUGACAAUAUUGUACGGGCAAUAAUUGACGCUGGUGCUGAUGUCAACAAGACUGAGAAGUAUGGCAGAACUGCUUUGUUUAUUGCUGUCCUACAUGACAACAAAAGUAUUGUGCAGGCGUUAAUUGAUGCUGGUGAUGAUGUCAACAAGACGGAUAUUGUUUACCAAACUGCUUUGUUUAGUGCAGUGAGACAGGACAAUGAAAGUAAUGUGCGGGCGUUAAUUGAUGCUGGUGCUGAUGUCAACAAUACUGAUAAGUAUGGCGAAACUGCUUUGUUUAGUGCAGUGAGACAGGACAAUGAAAGUAAUGUGCGGGCGUUAUUUGAUGCUAGUGCAGAUGUCCACAAGACUGAUGAUGAUGGCAAAACUGCUUUGCGUAGUGUAGUCAGAGAGCGCUAUGAAAGUAUUGUACGGACGUUAAUUGAUGCUGGUGCUGAUGUCCACAAGACUAAUGAUGAUGGCGAAACUGCUUUGUUUAGUGCAGUGAGACAGGACAAUGAAAGUAUUGUGCGGGCGAUAAUUGAUGCUGGUGCUGAUGUCAAGAAGACGUGUGAUGAUGGCGAAACUGCUUUGUUUAGUGCAGUGAGACAGGACAAUGAAAGUAAUGUGCGGGCAUUAAUUGAUGCUGGUGCUGAUGUCAACAAGACUGAUAAGUAUAGCAAAACUGCUUUGUAUAUUGCUGUCCUACAUGACAACAAAAGUAUUGUGCAGGCGUUAAUUGAUUCUGGUGCUGAUGUCAACAAGACGUAUGAUGAUGGCGAAACUGCUUUGUUGAGUGCAGUCAGAGAGGGCAAUGAAAGUGUUGUACAGGCGCUAAUUGAUUCUGAUGCUGAUGUCAACAAGACGUAUGAUGAUGGCGAAACUGCUUUGCGUAGUGCAGUCGGAGAGUGCUAUGAAAGUAUCGUACGGACGUUAAUUGAUGCUGGUGCUGAUGUCAAGAAGACUGAUAAUGACGGUCAAACUGCUUUGUUUAGUGCAGUGAGACAUGACAAUGAAAGUAUUGUGCGGGCAUUAAUUGAUGCUGGUGCUGAUGUCAACAAGACUGAUAAUGACGGUCAAACUGCUUUGUUUUGUGUAUCAAGCUCUGAAAACAGCAUUAGUUUAUUGAUUGACGCAGGUGCUGAUGUCAACCUACCUGACAAGAAAGGCGAAACUCCGUUGUUUGAUUUUGUCAGAUCUCAGUUGGAAUUUCAUGUAAAAGCUUUGGUGGUGAAAGGUAAAGCCUUGAUAAAUGUGAGAAAUCACCAUGGAAGAACGCCCUUAUUUUAUGCUCUGCAGCAUUCACCAGUGAUUGCUCGUUGUCUUCUCGAAAAUGGUGGAAAUUUGUGCUUGAAAGACAAUUGCAAUUUAAGCAUUUUGUCAUUUCUUAUCGAAGAGAUGUUGCACAAUGAAGUUCGUUUUGAUCGUUUUCAUCUGACUGAGCAAUUGAACCUGCUUUAUAGAAAAGGUAAUACGGAAAAACUUGUAGUAAAAGCACUAAUAGAAGUACUAUUUUGCAAAAUUGUGCCUACGUGUACGCCUUUGGGUGAAGUCACAACUUCCUAUUCAUAUUUUAUGCACGAAGGAUGUCUUUCUGAGUUCUUAUCGAUGGCUGAUGAUCAAACUCAAAUGACCAUAGAAAACAUUUUGGAACAGGUCUCAAGUGAGCAACUGUCACAGGUAGUUCCUUCAUUUGUGAAUUUAGGUGCUGAUCUAAACAGUGUAGACUCGCAUGGCAACACUUUACUUCACUAUGUAACUCUCCUGCCAUUUGUCGGUGUAUCUCAAACGGAGGUCAUGGAAACAUGUCACCUACUAUGGAAGUAUGGAGCAUCAAUGAACAUCAGAAACCAAGAAGGUCAUACACCUCUGUUGUUUUGCUUGUCAGAGCUUAGUUUGCAUUCGGAAUGGUUACUUAGAACUGAUGGGGUAAAGAUGCUGGAAGAGGUCUGUAGAUGUUUGGUAAACUGUGGAACGAAUGUCAACAAUACCUUACCAAACGGAAAGUCUGUUUUUCAUUUGAUUAUUGAUCUUUUUCAAAAAGGUCUUCGAUUGGAAGAUGAAGCUGUAAGACAGGAAGUACUAAACGAAAUGUGUAAUCUGCUGCAACUGUUUUCAGAUGCAAAUUGUAAACAAGCUGAAAGCUUUAAAAAUAGCAGUGGCCAUCUUUACUUGCUACUUCAUUCAUGGGCAUCACUCACUUUACCAUCUUCAGAAAACUAUUCGCGUAACGUUACCCAUAACUACACAUUUGAAGAACUUUUAAAAGCCAUUUUACAGCUACUCCUGAAAUGUGGGGCAAAGCCGAAUGCCAGAGAUGAUGAUGAAAAAACCCCUCUGCAUCACUGCAAGACUUGGAGCGCUGUAAAGCUUUUGAUAGAUGCUGGAGCAAAAACAGAUGAUGUCGAUUCUUCAGGACACCCAACCCUAUUAGCUGCAGCAGAAAGACAAAAUUUUCUUGAGAGAUCCGACUGUUUUUAUCCAGACGUUUUAGAAUACCCAAAAGCGUUCUGGAGAACUGCUAUCAAAAUGAACCUUGAUCCAUGGACUGUUGACCAACAUGAGAACUCUGUUCUAAGUAACAUGAUAAAAUGCAAAGCCUUUGUUCUUGCCAAAGCCUUAAUGGAAGUCACUUGUGAGGACAAACACAUUGAAUCUGAUACAAUUGCUUAUUCACUUUUAAGCACUAUUUGCAAGGACCAGUCGACACACACACGUUGGAAAACUAAUCUAGUCGAAAUUAUUUUGAAUUCAAGGAAAAGACAGCUAGUGAACUUAGAUGUGCCUCUUCGCUAUUGCUGCAAGAAUAUAGUAGAACUUGGUAGCUCAGACGACAGUUCACAUGACAGUUUACAUCCAUCUAAAGGAUUAAAAAGAAAAUUCGCCGAUAAUGAGUUCGAAAAGUGUGGCAGCACGCAACCUAUGCAUAAGAAAAUAAAAACAGCGGAUGGGAGAUGUGAAGAGAAAACAGAUGGACAAUGUAGUGAAGAGGAAACAGAUGGGCAAUGUAGUAAAGAGAAAACAGAGAAUGCAGAAAACAGCAACGAUCUAGUACAUUGCGAUUCAGUCCACUGCGAGAUUGCUGAACUGCUUCUUUCAUAUGGAGCUGAUUGUCGAAUUCCUGAUUCAUCUGGCAAGUCUUGCCUUGACUUAGCGGAGACCUGUCCUGAACUCAAGCAACUCUUAAUGCAACCCAUAGAUAUGAAUAAAAUCUCUAAACGCAUUCCUUGGGAUUCUGUUUCAGAGAGGUAGAAAAACAUGUUGGCCAAAGUUUCAA